AUGAACGCCAUGGACCUCGUGUCCCCCGAUCCUUUCAGCCAUGCGGAGGUUCUGUAUGACCAGAACCUUGGGGGCAUCGAGAGCAUGCUCCAUGGCACUGACCUGGAGGUCGAAUGGCCCGCAACUCCAGCGCAGUGUCAGAUCCUGGAGUCGGACGAGAUGCCUUGGUGCAAGAUUAGCUUGAUCUUGCCUCGCCAGUCUGCACCUGAUAUGAACCGAAUCCAAUCGAGUUGGAUGCAGAUCUGCUCUCACCAUUGCGGCCUCCGUACAGUCUUCCGCUCGGAUCCUCGCUCGGGAAAGACCUAUCAGCGGGUGGUGUUUCGCACCCCAGAGAUCCAGUGGGAUACCAAGCAAUUUGGAAGCAACGUAUCGUCCUCUAAUUCAUCCCUGGCGGAUGUCCCGGCCGAGGACGACCUGGCGCAGUUGGUCGUUUGCCGUGACCCCAGCACCGGCAGCUAUCGCCUGACACUACGCGCGCGACGGGCCGCCGUGGACGGCACCUCCCUGGAAAUCAUAAAGCGCAAUUUUGUCCUGCUGUACUGCGGAUUGCCUUUACCCGAACAUACUCCGCUGGCAACAUACCAGCGCUUCUUGAAAGAAACCAAAGACGAGGCCACCAGCGUGGCAUUCUGGAAGACCCAGCUCAGUGGUGCCGUGCCAGCGGUCGCGCUGCCCUGGGACACUGAACUGUCAGAUGUCAGUGUGUCGCAGGACCGUCAGGCGCUUCGCCUUCAUCUCGAUGACAAUUCGCACCCGGGACUGUCUCAGAUUGAGCAUGCCUCGGGGCUGCCACGAAAGCUCAUCUUUGAAACUCUCUGGGCCUAUGUCUUGCAUUGCCAUUCUGGAGCUAGCGAUGUUCUCUUUGCGGCCGUGGAACGUGAUGCGAGCUUCCCAGACGCUGCCUCAUGCGUGGGAUACCUUGAUCAUACCUAUCCAGUACGAUUGUCAGUCUCGAGCGAGGAAACAUUCGUCGGACUGUCCAACCGCCUUACUGCCUUCCAUCAGUCGGCAUCUCCGCACGCCUACCUGGGCUACUCUACCCUGUCCCAGGAACUCACAAAGCCGCUCGAGUCGGUUCUCAUGUACUCUCCGGACCCCAACGGACCCACUCUUGCCGGGCAGCUCUCGCCUUUCCCCAUCGCGAUGUUCAUCAACGGGACCGGUGUCAUUACUCUGACACUUUGCCACUCACCGCUGACAGCGACAGCUGAUGCCCAGUUGCUCCUGCACCAUUUCUCUCAUGCUCUUUAUAGCGCCCUCAAUAAAUUUUAUCUACCCCACGCUCGUCUCGAAGGACUUGAACUGAGCUCACGAGACGAAAAGCUCGAGCAGGUGCGCACAGCUAAGGCUUUGGCCCGUCCCCACCAGACCUCCAUCAUCCCCCGUUUGUUCGAGGAGUGUGUGACAGAGAGUCCACAAGCCGCCGCUGUGCAAUUUGAGGAGGAUACCCCACUGAGCUAUGCCGAGCUCAAUGCACGUGCUAAUCGGAUGGCACGCGCCCUGCCUUCAGUCAUGGGAAAAAUCAUCCCAGUCUGCUUCGACCGCUCAGUCGAUCUCAUCGUCACCAUACUGGCAGUGCUUAAAUCAGGCGGAGCAUACACAGUGCUUGAUCCAGAAGGUCCAGUUGAAAGAAAUACUCGCAUCGUCGACACUUGCUCUGCGACACUGGUUUUAACGACCCAGCGCUAUGCAUCUUCAUACCCGGAUGCUCUGGCAAUCGAGGAUUUGGUGAUUGAAAGUGAUGACGAGCAAGCUUCUGAAAACUUGAAUGUUAAUAUCCGCGCCGAAGACCCAUGCUAUGUGGUAUUCACGUCCGGUUCAACUGGUGUGCCCAAAGGUGCAGUUGUCACUCAUCGGGCAGCCACCAAUGGAAUGGCGUAUCAUGCCCUGAAUGGAAAGCAGCGAUGGCUGCUAUUCUAUAACCCCACCUUUUCUGCCGCCCAGCGAACAAUGCUUUCAACUUUGACCCACGGAGGAACUCUUCUUCUUGCCUCGAAGCAACGCUUGACGACGCGCCUGGCUGACACUAUCCUCGCCAUGCAAGUUGAUGCUCUUGGAAUAACGCCAUCGGCGCUAUCUCUCAUUGAGCCCAGCGAUGUGCCUGAUCUCAAGCAAGUUACGCUGGUGGGUGAGAGUAUUCCCCGCGAGCUCGUCACCACAUGGGCAGAUCAUGUCGAUCUUCGGAACACCUUUGGCCUGAGUGAGUGUGCCCAGUUGAACUUCGGAAAGCGCCUCUCUCGCAGCAGCAAUCCUGGCAUUGUCGGACGCCCUACAGAUACCACACAAGCCUAUGUUUUGAAGUCCGGCACCACCGAACUCACCCCAAUGGGUGUUGCCGGCGAGCUGUGCCUGGCGGGCCCGCAGCUAGCUUCGGGCUAUCUUACGUCCAACCAAAAUGCUGGGAAGAAUGCUGCCCCAGCCUUCGUGGAAAAUCCUUUCGGCAUAGGCCGUAUGUACCGGACUGGCGAUGUGGCUAGGAUCCACGCCGACGGUUCAAUUGAGAUUCUAGGCCGCGUGGACUUCCAAGUGAAGCUUAACGGCCAAAAAGUCAACCCAGCGGAGGUGAACCGAAUUCUGUCACAACACGACUGUGUUCACACCUGUGCGACUGUUGCCGUCGAGAUGCGCGAUCGUCUCGUGUUGGUUGCAGCAAUCACCCCGACACCCGGGCAUCAAUGGAGCGAGCUAGUUGCCUCGAUUCGUGACCACAGCAAGCAGAAGCUGCCAGCCUACAUGGUCCCUUCCUUAUGGAUGCAAAUGUCUAAACUCCCGGCAAAUGGGAACGGAAAAGUGGACAUCCGUGCCAUUGAGCGAGAAGCACUUGCAACGGGCUGGGAAGGUUUAGUCGAAGCGGCAGCCUCGAAUGCUCCAACAGAGACUGUUACUGAUCCGACCGAGCAACAUAUCGCUAGCGUCUGGGCCAAUAUACUUGCUUUGCCGCAGCACUCCAUCAGCCGUGACACUUCCUUCCUUUCGCUUGGGGGAACCUCAAUUGAAGGCAUCAGAGUCACCUCCGAGUUGCGGAAACUUGGGAUUGCCAUUGAUCUCGGAGACGUACUUGGAAACGCCACUUUGAGGGAGACAUCAUCCUUUGUGAGAAUUGUGGCAGACAAUGACGCCGAACUGCAGCCUUUCGUCCUUGUCCGGGACCCUGAAGUGCAACGGCGACUCCGUGAAGACCCUAACGUCAGCGAUGCAUACCCAGCGACUCCUUUGCAAGAGGGUCUACUUUCUAGUCUUGGCGAGGACCACGGGAUGUAUACCUACCAGCGCACAUGGGAUGUCAGCCACCUUGACAUUCAGAAGCUACGAGCAAGCUUCGAUACGGUACUUGGCUCGAGCGAUAUCCUUCGCACAACAUUCCAGCCCGAGGGCCGCAGCCUGCUUCAGGUGGUCCGGAAUGACAUCACGCUACCCUGGACAGAGUCUGAGGCAGAACUUGGCCAAUAUCUCGAACAAGAUAAGCAAGAACCAUUUUCCCUUUCUGGUCCCUUAUUCCGAGUGGCCAUCGUUGCUGGAAAGGUACUGGUGGUGAGCAUGCAUCACUCCUUGUUUGACUACUGGUCGCACCGCUUUGUGUAUCAGGAUGUUGCCGACGUUUAUCUCGGCCUCGAGCUUCGCCCACGACCACAAUUCAAGCUCUUUGUGAACCACAAUGCGGCCGAUUCCGCAAGUGAGCAUGACCGCUUCUGGAGGAAGUAUCUGACAAACACGGAAAAGAGUGUUAUCAACACUGUGCCUGUGGCGCACACCACCGUUUCCCAACGCAGAAUCCCAGAAGGUCCUCUACGUCGCUCACUUCAACUUCAUGGGCUCUCGUUAGGUGCUGUUUUGUACGGAGCCUGGGCCAUUGUUCUUUCCAAUCAUGUUCGCCAUGCCGAUGUGAUUUUCGCAACCAGUCUCUCCGGUCGUGAUGUUCCAGUGCUUGACAUUGACCGUCUCGAUGGUCCCACUUUGACCACAGUUCCACACAAGGUAAAUGUGGCGCCCGAGGCCACACUUUUGCAGCUAGCCCAGACAGUUCAGGCCAAUUUGUUCAAGGCUUUGAAACAUUCGCAACAUGGUAUGCGCAAUGCACUUGCUGCGGGUAGCCUUGGAGCAAAUGAUCUUGACACAAUGGUGAACAUCCUGGUGAAAGAUGAUGACGGGGAUCAAGUCAGCCAAAUCUUCCAGCGUUACGGGGACCGGCCCACUUGGGAUUCUGAGUUCACUGCUUUGGAAAUCGAGAACGACAACGAGAAGUUGCUCAUGAAGCUCUCUUCCAAAAUGGAGCCUCGACGUGUGAAGUUCCUUCUCGAAUCCUAUGAAAAGGUUCUUUGUGCAUUUGUGCAGGCCCCAAUGCAACGUGUCUCGACACUGGAAAUCAUGGGCGAGGCAGAGAUUGACUUCUUACAUAAUGAGAUAUCAAACCGCCGAACCCUCCAUGUCCCCCAGCCUUCACUCCUCCAUGCCAACUUUGAGAAUCAUGCCGAAACAUCUCCAGCCACCCACGCGAUCGAUUGGGAUGGGACAACUCAGCUAUCCUAUGCAGAGUUGAACGUCCGAGCCAACCGUCUUUCCCAUUACUUGAUCGACAAUGGAGUCCGUGUGGGAGAUGCCGUUCCUUUGAUGCUGGAGAAGUCUGUUGAUACAAUUGUUGCAAUCCUCGGUGUGAUGAAGGCCGGUGCCGCAUAUGUGCCUCUGAGCCCGGACAAUCCCCUGGAUCGCAACAGCUUCAUCAUCGGCGAUGUCAACGCACGGUUGAUCCUGUCCGACUUAGAGCAUGCAGAAAUGUUCUCUUCUGUCCGUGGACUCGAAGUUGCGCAUAUCGAUGCCCCGGAAAUUGAUCAGUUGCCUGGAUCCUCCGCCACAAUUGCCAUCAACCCCGAAAACACGGCGUAUAUAAUCUAUACAUCGGGUAGCACCGGUAUGCCAAAAGGCGUACAGGUGCCACAUCGUGCGGCAGCGGCAGCCGUCAUCAGUAUGGCAUCUGCUGAGGGCAGAUAUUCUGGCGAGUGGAGAACGGUUCAGUUUGCCAAUUACGUCUUCGAUGCUUCGGUACAAGAUAUUUUCAACACUCUCAGCACUGGUGGAACUUUGUGUAUGGCGCCCCCAGACAAGAUGCAAUCGGAUUUGCCGGGCGUGAUCAACGCAAUGUCUGCCGGACAGGCGAUCCUCACUCCAACAGUUGCAAAACUGCUUGAUCCCAACGAAGUACCUACCUUCAAAACGCUUAUUGUGGGCGGGGAGCCUCUCACGCCGGAUGUUAUUGAGCGUUGGAGUCCUGGCCAUCGUAUUCUUAACGUCUACGGCCCCACGGAGACUUCCAUGGUAAUCACAACGAAAGAGGUCGAUUCUAGUGGUCGACCCAGCAACAUCGGAGCACCAUUCCCAACGGUCAUGGCCUUUGUUUUACAUCCUGAUGGUACUACCAUGGUGCCAUACGGCUCGGUUGGUGAGCUUUGCGUGGCAGGUCCCCAAGUUACCGCCGGGUAUGUGAACCGCGAAGACCUUACCAAGGCUGCAUUCAUGGAGGACAUAUUGGGCACUGACCGAAUGUACCGAACCGGGGACCUGGCUCGAUGGCUGCCUGGGGGCGAGCUCGAAUGCUUGGGCAGAAAGGAUAACCAAGUCAAGAUUCAUGGCCACCGCAUCGAGUUGACUGAAAUUGAACAAGCCAUUUUGAAAACCGGGCUUGUGCAGGGAGCCGCCGUUCUUGCUGUCAACCACAAUGGGAAGAAACUGCUGGUUGCUUUCUGCAUUUUCUCGCCCGGAUCGUGCGAGAUUCAGCCAGCGGAUGGCUAUGAGUCCGACGUUCAAGAAUUGCGCGCGGGGCUCAACACGCUGGCCCACUACAUGAUCCCCAAGUACAUUCUGCCAGUUGGAGACUUCCCAAAGAUGCCUUCCCGCAAGACUGACCGGAAGCUUCUCACCAAGUGGGUUGAGCAGCUGGACACACUCACUAUCAGCCAAUACUCCUUUGAGGGUGAUGGGAAUCAGCAUCAGUUUGUUCCGGUAGAGACCGAGCAGGAGUCCAAACUUCAAGACAUGUGGUCCAAGGUUCUUGGCCUUCCUUCGGCUAGCAUUGGGAAAAAAGCCGACUUCCUUUCUUUGGGCGGUGACUCCAUCGCAGCGAUCAGCUUGGCUAGCGCCGCUCGCAGUUCCGGGUACCUGCUGAGCGUCAAGGAUAUACUGAAAAACCCGGUCUUGGAAGUCCUCUCGAUGAUGAUGCGCCCUGAUACCAGAGGCGAAAAAGUACUGAAGCCAACCUACACUGCCUCGCCCAGUGUGCUAGGCGUGAUCAGUGAGCACGGUCUAGCAAUCGACGACGAUGUGGAAUAUGUGUAUCCAUCUCCCCCGGGACAAGCUCAUUUCCUGGAGGAGGGUGACCGGCCCGACCAGAUGUGGGUGCUCAUGGCAGUUCGGCAAAUGCCCAAAUCCACAAAUUACCACGAAUGGAUUCAAAACACUAGCCGUUUGACAGAAGUUAACGAUAUUCUUCGCACUUCGUGGCUUCGUACCUCAGAGGCUCAGUGGGUGGGCGUUGUCAUGAAACACACUGAGUUGAAUGUGCCAAUCAUUCCCUGUGACAGCGAAGAGAAGCAGUCCCACAUCAUCGAAGAAUUCUGGAAUGAUCGUUUCCAAUUCGGAAAGCCUUUCAUCAAAUAUGCCAUUCUGUUGCACUCCGACGAUACCUGGGAUGUGGCAAUCAAAAUGAAUCACGCUGCAUACGAUGGAACCUUGCUUCGCACAUUUGAUGAUCAUUUCGCUGCCAUCCGACGUGGCGCAGCGAUUCCCAACCAUGGCGAAUUCAAAGACUUUGCCAACUUUAUCUUCCAGUCCGACAAGGAGGAAUCACUACGUUUCUGGGCCCAGACCAUGCAAAACAAGCAUUACACCUGGCCGCAGGCAAGGAACCCGAAGAUCACUGCCGCGGUUCGGGAGGUCAUCCCCCGAAACCUGGAGCCUGUCUCUCGUGCCCUAGGCGUGACUGUCCCUAUCCUCUUCCAGGCCGCCUAUCAGCUGUGGCUCUGUCGUGCAAGUGGACAGAAAGAUGUCAGCUUUGAUUAUCUUCUGAGCGGUCGCAACGUGGACAUGGUGGAUGUCGACCCCCAGACCAUCAAUGGCACACUGGCCAACUUUCUCCCUGUUCGUGCGGAAAUCGAUCCUCAGAGUGCUCUCAGUGACUAUCUGGAGUCGGUGCAAGAUCUUUUCUGGAGUAUCACCGAGCAUGGCGAUGUUGGUUUGCACGAAAUCUUCAACGCGGCCGGUCUAUCAAGGGCUACCGCAAGCAACCACUGUCUGUUUCUCUACCAGCCAUUUGAACCUGCUGCCAAUAGCGAAGAAUCCGAGUCUGAUCGAUGGCUCGUUAUGGCUAAAUCAAAGGUCCGGAUGUAUCAGCCAUAUGCGCUGGUCGUGGAGGUCGCCAAGGCACUCAACAAUCAGAACCGACUUACUGUCAUGUAUGACACGGACGUGUUCAGCAAAGAGGGCGCUCAUCAGAUCGCCGCGGAAAUCACUAACCUGGUCGACCGAAUCGCGGAUCUUUGCGGGCAAAACGUAUCAUUGGAGCAAUUCAUUCAUUGA